CGAAAGAUAGGUUAAGUUCAACUCAAUCUGUCAAAUCCUACUACGAAAAACUGUUGGUGGAAUAUUAUUAUAUAAUAAUAUUUGGUAUUCUUGGCUGUGGGCAAUUACGUUGGAUAAUUUUCCAUCAUGGCUAGCUUAAUUCGUAUUACUCUUCGGAGUAUUGUUAACCCUUUACCAAAUUCUAGUUUUGGAAACCAUGAUGUGAAAAUUAUAAGAACUAUCACCAGUAAACUGUUCAAAAAUCCUGAUGAAAAGCCUAAACCAAAACCAUGGCCAUAUAAGGAGAAAAAGUAUACUUUUUUUCAUCAAUUUAUUGAUAAAACAACAUCACGUUUUGAUGACAACUCUAAACUCAUUGUAGUGGAAGGGCCGAUUGCUGCUGGUAAAAGUGUAUUUGCAAAGCAACUGGCUGAUGACUUGGAGAUGCUUUAUAUGCCUGAAGCUAAUUUAGAUAUGUUGUAUGUCAAUGAAUAUGGAUUUGAUUUAAAAUCUCUUGACAGUCAGUUACCAGAGCGUUGUAGGAGUUUUGAUGUGAAAAAUUUCCUUUUGAAUCCAAGAACUGGAAUGGUUGCAGCUUUUCAAAUGCACCAAUAUUACGUUAAGUUUUCUCAAUACAUUGAUGCUCUUGCCCAUAUUUUGAGUACCGGACAAGGUGUUGUUUUAGACAGAUGUGUAUACUCCGAUUUUGUUUUUGCUGAAGCCAUGUAUAGCCAAGGAUAUAUUUCUAGACCAACAUACGAUGUUUAUUAUGAAGUGAGAAGAAGAACUUUACAAGAACUAUUACGUCCACAUCUUGUAAUAUAUUUGGAUCUGCCUGUUCCAAAAGUUCAAGAAAACAUUCAGAGGCGAAAUAUACCUUCUGAAGUCAAAUCUCCUGCAUUAACAAAAGAAUAUCUUACUGCAAUGGAAAAAAAUUAUAAACAAAAGUAUUUGAAAGAUAUAAGUAAACAUUCCGAGCUAUUAGUUUAUGAUUGGUCUGAAGGUGGCGACCCUGAGGUUGUUGUGGAGGAUAUUGAAAGAAUAGAUUUUGAUGCUUUUGACCUACAGGUUAGUCAAUUGAGAGAUUGGGUCCAAGAAACUGAAGAAGAUUGGUCAUGUCUCAGAAGAAAGUAUUGUAAUGAGAAAGAUGAACUUCUGGCCAUUACAUCAGUUCCUGUGUUUCAUAUUCCAGAAAUGUUAAUGGAUCCUGAUGAAGCUCAAAUAUGGCAUGACGUAUGGAAUAAUGCCCCUGGAAAUAGGUACCUGCAGGGAUAUAAUACUGACAUGGGUGAUAAAUCUUACCUUUUCAAAACUUCAACCAAUUAUCGCCGAACUUUACCUCUUUUAGAAAGAAGGCCUUUCUAAACUGGUGUAAUAAGGAGCUUCAAAGAUCAGAUUUCAUUAAUUACAGUGAAAAGGUGUAAAUAAAUAUUGAAAAGUU